UUGGCCAAUCAGGAGUCCACAUCCUGAAUCACCUCACUGUAACUGUGUGGCUCGAAAACAGGACUGCUAGUUAGCUUAAACGCUGACAGAAAGCUAAAAACAAAACCGUUUUUUAUUUGUUAUUUAGAACAGUUUGUCGUCCUGAACUUCAGCCAGACUACCAGCUCACACAGCAGCCGCAGACUGUACCAUGGUGGGUGUCAAAGUGAUCGGGAGCGACCCGGAUUUCCAGCCGGAGCUAGCGGCCGCCGGCUCCAGGCUCGCCGUGGUGAAGUUCACAAUGGCUGGGUGUCGGCCCUGUGUCAGAAUUUCUCCGGCUUUCAACAUGUUGAGCACCAAGUACCCACAGGUCGUCUUCCUUGAAGUAGAUGUUCAUGUCUGUCAAGCGACAGCAGCAGCUAACAACAUCUCAGCCACACCGACGUUCUUGUUCUUCAGGAACAGAGUGAGGGUGGAUCAGUAUCAGGGGGCAGACGCGUCGGGUCUGGAGGAGAAGAUUAAACAACACACAGAGAACGACCCGGGAAACAGUGAGGACUCCGACAUUCCAAAGGGAUAUAUGGACCUCAUGCCUUUCGUCAACAAAGCCGGCUGCGAGUGCCUCAACGAGAGCGACGACUGCGGCUUCGAUAACUGCUUAAUCAAAGACUCCACCUACCUGGAGUCUGACUGCGAUGAACAGUUGCUGAUAACCAUGGCCUUUAAUCAGCCAGUGAAGCUCUUCUCUAUGAAGCUGCUGUCCUCAGACUUUGCCCAAGCCCCUAAGGUGGUGAAGGUGUUCAUAAAUCUCCCCCGGUCGAUGGGUUUUGAUGACGCUGAGAGGAGUGAAGCCACCCAGGCCCUGGAGCUUUCAGAGGAAGACUACAAAGAGGACUGUUUGAUCCCUCUGCGCUACGUCAAGUUUCAGAACGUUCAGAGUGUUACGGUAAGAAGUAGAUUUGUAACAGCUGAAACUCUGCCAUGGUUAACAAAUAUAACAGACUGUGGGUUCAAUUAAACCUAAAAAAUAUCAAAAACGGAGCACACUCAAAACGAUUACAAAAAGACUACAAAGAAAACAAAAAAGUCAACACACUAAUUGUCCUUUUAAAGUUUUCAUCUGGAUAGAGCAGCAGCGUACAGGUCAACAACGGACGUACAGAUUGUCAGACAGCGAACAGAUCAACAACAAGGCGAACGUCGAUGAAGGUCUUGUGAUGAAACACGUCCGUUGUCGCUGCUAUUCGACCAAGAUAAUACAUACAAGGACAUUUAAUGUGCUGAUUUUUCUGUUGUCUUUCAUUUAAAUGUACACCUCAUUUCCAAUCUUAAAUGUUCAAGUCAUGCAGCAGUUCAAGAUGU